AAACUAUAUAAGUAAGGGUCUCGAUGACUAGGAAUAUUACGAAGUGAAAUACGCAGACUAUCAAGACUAUGAAGGUAUUCAUUUUCACGGUGGUCAUUGUUUUUGUGCUGGGAUGCUUUGGCCAAGGAUUAGCAAAGGAAAAUAUAAUUCCAGAAGAGCGGAUGUUAAAACCUGCUGAACUGCGACCCAUGUUUUUUUGGAGAAGACCCUGUUGCCCAAGACGAAAUAACAUGUUCAUUGAUCUCACGAAAGGAAUUUCCAGAGGGAGCGUGCAAGGUGUAUCUCGACCCAUAUUUAAAUCAUCACCGUCGCCAAAAUGUGGAGUGAUGGCUGAUCUCAGAGCUAACUUUCAAAGGUUUUCCAAUUGCCUGUCUGACUGGCAAUAUCGUCAGUGUGUUUCAUUCCCCAUGUGUGGACAGCGCCUGUUGAGAAUUGACAUGUAUUUGGGUAAACAACGAAAGGGUUUCAUGUUCAACGUCGGGGAUAGCCCAAGCAAUGAUGGUUGGGGUGGCGAUUCCGGACAUACAAAACAUGAUGCUGAAAUAAUGGGAUAUUAUCCGAAGAUCUUGGGAUACAAAUCCGAUUUUUGCAAAACUCAGAAAUCUGAAUGGUCAAACACUCUUCUGGCACCAGGCGUUAAACGAGUCACGAUGUUUGCGGGCAACAAGUACGUCAGGAUCAAGAAUGAUCAGGGAUUUGAGAUGAAAGAAUGCCACAAAUGCGGCUUUGCUCUCAAUGGACAGGACCCCAACGAUAGCGCCAACACUUUGUACAUGGCUUUCAACAACAUGAUAAAGGGAACUCACCGAAAAGGGUAUGGAGUGUGUUACGUCAGAAUCCGCUGGGAAUGUCCGGAUUGCUAAGAGUCUAUUACUAUAAUGGAGAAUGUCUUCACUGAAGAGAAAGGAAGCUCUGUAACUACGCUUCUAUAUUUUGUUUUUAAAUAAAAUUCCUGUAAUGAU